GCUUGAAACAAAGGGGUUGGAUAAAAGGUGCAUGCUGACAUCUCUUUUACUAAAUCUUGUCAGCGAUUCCUGAUGAACGGACAAUGAAACGCGUUGAAUCGCAACUGAAUAUUUCUACAUUGAAAACCCUGACGGCUGAAGCAAGUACCUGGGAGAAAGAACGUGAAGUACUUUACCCCACAGACAGAUUACUAAUCUCCAUGUCUCUAUGACUAACUACGUAAAACGCUGCGAUAGACGUGAUGACGUCAAACGUUUUCUGUCGCACGGGAACAAAAAGUGUUGCAAGAGUGUCCCGAGUCAGAAGAAAGCCGGGCAGCGGACAAGCGUGGACGAGGAAAGGAGCAUCUUCAUCGCUUGCAAGAUCACCACCAUUUUCGAGGUCUGAAUUGGAGUAUAUGGUGAAAUACUUGGACGAACAAAAUUUUGAUUCCAUAGUCAGCGUAAACCCAUACAAAAAGAAGACUAAAAUUAUGCUUAAACUUUCCAAAAACUUGAAAACCAAAUUUGGAACUGUCCAUAACAGAAGACAACUACAAAAGAGAUAUUCUGACCUUAAAGUACAUCAAAAGCAGCUUCUGAGGAACAUUAGAGAACGUAUUGUUAGACAAACAGAAGGAACUAACUCCAGCGAGGAAGAUGAUGAUGACCAAUUUGUGGAAUGUCCCAACUUCGAGGAGAGUCAGAUCAUAGACCCGGAAAAAGUUUAUCUUUCUCUAGCACAUGAGACACAUGAAGAAGAGGCUGAUCCACUGGAAAUAACACAGAAUACUCCUGCAAAAAAGAAUCCAGAAGAAAUCCUUAGCUGUGAGGACCAAAUGAUCACCCUAAAUCUGGUGGAGAUUCCAACUUAUGUUCCUCCAGAAGAUUCCCAAUUUGCCCUUGGAAAUGAAGUCAAUACUUCAACUGGGAUAGGGAUGGAUGUGCUGACCGAACUCAGCAAAAUUAAAGAAAACUUGCAAGUUCAGUUGGCAAAAGUAGAUAUGUUUUGCACGUAAAUUAUUUUUUUUUGUUAAAUUUUCUUUUUUGGUUAUGUUUACUAAAUGUGAAGAGCAUGUUAAAUUCACAACAUUUUUUUUACAGAUCUUAACUUUUUUUAUAUUGGUUUCUUUUAAAAACAUAAGAGAUUUAAAAUAUGAAAACUG